UAGGCGCCCAUGGUGUUUGACCCGGCGGCUGGUGAGUGAGAAGAAAGGGAAGGAGGAAAAGAUCGGAGGAGCUGUAGCCGAAAUGUUCCGGUGUGGAGGCUUGGCGGCGGGUGCCUUAAGGCAGAAACUUGCUCCCUUGGUGACAUCAGGCUGCAUCAGAAGCCCGAGGCAGAGGAAUCAGCUCCCAGGCAACUUGUUCCAGCGAUGGCACGUUCCCCUAGAACUCCAGAUGACAAGACAAAUGGCCAGCUCCGGUGCUUCAGGGGGCAAAAUCGAUAAUUCUGUGUUAGUCCUCAUUGUGGGCUUAUCAACCCUAGGAGCUGGCGCGUAUGCCUACAAGACCAUCAGAGAGGACAAAGAAAGGUACAAUGAGAGAAUCUCAAGCUUAGGGCUGACGCCAGAAGAGAAGAAGAAAAGGGCGGCGGUGCCUGCAUCCGCAGGAGAGCCGACUCCUCAAGCCAGGGCACCAAGCCACGUCCCUUUCCUGCUCAUCGGUGGAGGCACUGCUGCCUUUGCGGCUGCCAGAUCCAUCCGGGCUCGGGACCCUGGGGCCAGGGUUCUCAUUGUAUCCGAAGACCCCGAGCUGCCAUACAUGCGGCCACCGUUGUCCAAAGAACUGUGGUUUUCAGAUGAUCCAAACGUCACCAGGACCCUGCGAUUCAAACAGUGGAAUGGAAAAGAGCGAAGCAUCUACUUCCAACCACCUUCCUUCUAUGUCUCGGCUCAGGACCUGCCUCACAUUGAGAAUGGUGGCGUGGCUGUCCUCACGGGGAAGAAGGUAGUGCAUCUGGAUGUGAGAGGCAACAUGGUGAAACUGAAUGAUGGCUCCCAGAUAACCUAUGAGAAAUGCCUGAUUGCAACAGGGGGCACGCCAAGGAAUCUGUCUGCUAUCGAUAGGGCUGGGGCUGAGGUGAGGAGUCGGACAACACUCUUCAGGAAGAUUGGAGACUUCAGGGCCUUGGAGAAGAUCUCACGAGAAGUCAAAUCCAUCACGAUUAUUGGUGGGGGCUUCCUGGGCAGCGAGCUGGCCUGUGCUCUUGGGAGAAAGGCUCAAGUCUUGGGCACAGAAGUGAUUCAGCUCUUCCCUGAGAAAGGGAACAUGGGGAAGAUUCUCCCUGAAUACCUCAGCAACUGGACCAUGGACAAAGUCAGACGAGAAGGAGUUCAGGUGAUGCCCAAUGCAAUCGUGCAGUCAGUGGGGGUCAGUGGCGGCAAAUUACUCAUCAAGCUGAAAGAUGGCAGGAAGGUAGAAACUGACCACAUAGUGGCAGCUGUGGGCCUGGAGCCCAACGUGGAUUUGGCCAAGGCUGGCGGGUUAGAAAUCGACUCGGACUUUGGUGGCUUCCGGGUAAAUGCAGAGCUCCAAGCUCGCUCCAACAUCUGGGUGGCAGGAGAUGCCGCGUGCUUCUAUGACAUCAAACUGGGCAGGAGGCGAGUAGAGCACCACGACCAUGCUGUUGUCAGUGGACGCCUGGCUGGAGAAAACAUGACCGGCGCUGCCAAGCCCUACUGGCACCAGUCAAUGUUCUGGAGCGACUUGGGCCCAGAUGUUGGCUAUGAAGCUAUUGGCCUUGUGGAUAGUAGUUUGCCCACUGUUGGUGUAUUUGCAAAAGCAACUGCGGAAGACAAUCCCAAAUCUGCCACCGAGCAGUCUGGGACUGGUAUCCGAUCGGAGAGCGAGACAGAGUCUGAGGCCUCAAGCAUCGUUAUCCCUCCAAGUAACCCGGCAACACCUCAGGUCCCCACCGAAGGCGAGGACUACGGCAAAGGCGUCAUCUUCUACCUCAGGGAGAAGGUGGUGGUGGGGAUUGUGCUCUGGAACAUCUUUAACCGAAUGCCAAUCGCAAGGAAGAUUAUUAAGGAUGGGGAGCAACAUGAAGAUCUCAAUGAAGUAGCCAAGCUCUUCAACAUUCAUGAAGACUGAAGCCUCACGUCGGGCAGGCGGCCAGGCGAGCGGGCCAGUGCCUCGCCCACUGUCCCUGACAGCGACUAGAAUGGGUACGGGAGCCCCUUUUUUUAUAGAACCAGUGUCCUCUGUACGUCUGAGUGUGAAUGAUCAAGCCCUUCAUGAAUGUUUUCAACCAUGUAGUCAUAUUCUUAAUGUUCACUUCUCUAAAUAAAGUCAGAUUCUUCUAAA